UUGCGACAGGUGCCGCAAAAUGUUCUUAUUUCCGGUUUGUAAAGGGAGAUACACGAGUUUUGACAACUAAUCUUAAAUUUGCACCAAAAUGAAUAUAAGAUGUGCAAGGCCGGAAGACCUGAUGAAUAUGCAGCACUGUAACCUGUUGUGCCUGCCUGAGAACUAUCAGAUGAAAUACUACUUCUACCAUGGACUUUCCUGGCCUCAGCUCUCAUACGUAGCAGAAGAUGAAGAGGGGAAAAUAGUGGGUUAUGUAUUAGCUAAAAUGGAGGAGGACCCAGAAGACUCUGUUCCUCAUGGUCACAUUACAUCACUGGCAGUGAAGCGGUCACAUCGAAGGUUGGGGCUGGCCCAGAAGUUGAUGGACCAAGCUUCCAGAGGAAUGAUUGAAUGCUUCGACGCUCAAUACGUCUCCCUGCAUGUUAGAAAAAGCAAUCGCGCAGCUUUACAUCUCUACAAAAACACACUCAAAUUCUCAGUAAGUGAAAUUGAACCCAAAUAUUACGCAGAUGGGGAAGAUGCGUAUGCUAUGAGACGGAACUUGGGUGAAUUCAGAGAGAAAGUAAGGUAUGGACUGAAAGCACAAGCUGAGGCAGGACCAUCGUCAUGACAACAGUGAAUAGAAAGUGGAAAUAUGUGAAAUAAUGACAUCUGAUAAAACUUGAUUCGCAUGUGAAAGGAGUGUUAGACAGCUGGAAUUGACUGUGUAUACUUGCUUGGACUGUUCAAGAAUACAUUUUAUUCUCAUUAAAAUGAACAAUAUAUAUUUUCUUUUUUCGCUUUGUGAAGUAUACUGUACAUUAAAUUUUAAACUAUUAAACCAACCAUGUAACGAAAAUGUUGU